AUGCCUACUGUUCUGUUGACAGGCGCCAACGGCUUCCUGGCCACACAUGUCCUCAAAUGCCUAGUGGAGGACACCUUCGAUGUGGUCGGCACAGUCCGCUCCGAGGCCAAGGCUGACGACGUCUUUGGUGCUCAUCCUGAGUUCAGAUCGAGCGUCCGGCUCGUUGUGGUACCAGACAUGUCAGCUCCGGGUGCCUAUGACAAGGUCUUUGAAGGAACGCAGUUCGACUUCAUCAUCCACACAGCAGCACCGGUGCCUGAUGGUGGUGGGACAGAUUUUGACAGAGAUUUCUUGGGGCCUGGUGCUCAAGGCAACCUUGAACUGCUACGGGCAGCUCAGAAGUAUUGCAAAUCUCUCAAGCAUUUUACCUAUACCGGUAGUCUAGUGACUGUGUACGACGUCACAAAGCCAUUGGACGGGCGAGUGCUGAGAAGCACAGAUUGGAAUCCGGUUAGUGUCGAGGUUGCUCGCCAGUUGCAGCACCCCGCCGCCAGUUACAUGAUCUCCAAGACCUUGGCGGAAAAGGCUCUCUGGGAUUUUGUAGAGAAGGAGAAGCCAUCCUUUGGUGUGUCGGUGCUUUCAGUGCCUUUGAUUAUCGGGCCACCACUGCAGCACCUCCGCCAGAAUGCAUCUGGCAAGAGUCAAUUCAACAUGAGUGCCGACCUGUUCUACAGCACAUUCCUGAAGCCCGUGUCUGGCGCAGAUGGACCUUCGCAGCCACUGUACAUCGGGUAUAUCGACGUCCGUGACCUUGCUGUGCUGCAUGUUCAGUCAAUCAUCAAAGGCGGGACUGAGAACAGACGUUUGUUGCUCGCUAGCCCGGAGCCAUUCCUUGCGAAGAUGGUGUUGGAGAUCUUGGCUGACAAGUUCCCACAACUAAAGGAUCGGUUGUCAUCAGUAAGAGCUGCAGCUAUUGUGGCGAACAAGGAGCAGGAUGCGGACCACCGGCUCAAGGUGGAUGACUCCGAAGCCAAGCAAUUGUUCGGCGGGAAUAUAUACAGGCCACUCGAGCAGACUGUUGUUGACACAGCAACGAGGUUGUUGGCGCUUGAAUGA